UCCCGAGAUGCAAGUUAUCAGAAUCAGCUGUUUUUAUUUAUCCAUUUGACGUACAUCAGUUAUUCAGUGGUUAUUCCAAACAUUCACAAUGUGUUUAAAAAUAAUGUGGAAAUUUUAAAGUGGAAAAUAAGAACAAACCUGGGACAAACUUAACAAUGGAAGAUUGCGGUGAAGCAAAAUGGGCAUAUCUACCAUACUUGGCAUUGUACAAAAUAUUUCAACACUUAAAUCAUAAAGAACUUAUUUCUGCUGGUCAAGUGUGCAAAUUGUGGUAUCAAGCUAGUUCUAAUGAUCUCUUGUGGAAAGAGUUAUUCCAUGACAAUUUUAUGAUAGAAAAGUCUAUUCCAGUAGUUGCAGGAAGAACAUGGUACGAAGAAUUCAAGAGAUUAUCCUACAACAUACCCGUCGUACAUACAGAAACAUUAAGCUAUCACAACGAUCAGGUGUUGCACGUGAGUUUUUCCCAUAACGGGAAAUAUUUCGCAACUUGUUCCAAAGAUGGAUAUGUCAUUUUAUGGAGAUCAAAAUAUCCAGCUAAGAAGAAGUACAUUAGGAACAUGAAACAUUUCAAAUGGAAGUACACUCAGUAUUCGCAGUUUAACGAAUCCGAUACUCUUCUUCUCGUGUCCGGAGUUCAUUUUGGCACAACUCACAGUACGUCAGGUGAAAUUGCAGUUUUUAAUUUGAGAAAUUUUGAACUGCAAUGCCGAGUAGUGAACAAGCCUUACGACAUUUUCGGUACUUGGUACAGCGAUCAAUACUUGCUCUCUGGAGACUUACACUGGCUUGCGCAUCUAGUUAGCACGUCGCAUCUGUGGUUGAACAAAGCAUCUCAGGAAGCAGAAUCCGAAUUAGUACCAAUCACGCACUGCCUUUUCCGGUUUUACAACAGAAACGCCAGUUCCAUAAGGGCGAUAAUGAUAGCGAAUUGUCUUCCGAAUUCCGAGAAUGUCGAUGUGGAAAGCAGUGGCGAUGGGGAUGAAAAUCCUCAGCAAGGGACGUCGUCGCAACAUGGAAAUCCUGUUAGCCACAACGAUAUGGCCUGGACACCUUUAGACGUUAGAAGAUCUAUGUACAGUUCCGUGUUGGAUUCAAUGAAAAAAGACUUUCCUCAUCCAAUUUGGUAUAACGAAGAUUACAGAAAGGUUGAAUCUGAAUCGUGGACUGCCAUAGACAGCGAUGAAGAAGUAGAAGACGUAGGGAAUAAACCGACUGAAGAUACUGACGACAACAGUUCAGAAUCAUCGUGUGAUACUGAAACUGAGAGAUUUGUUCAGACUGACAAGUACCUUAUUUUCACAACCGGAUACAAGACGUAUACACCACACCAGAUAGGAUUCAAACGAAUAAAACCGUUCAAAUUUCCCAAGCGAAUGGAACUAGGUCUAAGCUUGAAGGAGCGUUUGAUAUUAUUCGCACAAAGAAAAGAACAAAGCCCCCCUCCCGAUCCGGACUGGUUGGAUUUCGAUCAGGUGGCCGAUAAGUUCGACAAAGUUGAUCAUUUGAUCGAUCUUCAUGGACAUAUAGUCGGGAUGGGAUUGAGCCCAGAUCAAAGAUAUCUCUAUGUAAAUAGCCGAUCUUGGCCGGAAAAUUACGUGAUAAGUAAUCCUUUGGAUCCUCCGCCGAUAGCACAAGAAAUCGACAUUCAUGUGAUAGAUUUAGUGACUUUAAAACAAGUAGGAAAGAUGCUUCGAGCUCACAAGGCAUUCACACCGAAUAACGAAUGUUUCUUUAUCUUUUUGGAUGUGUGUAACGAAUACGUGGCCAGCGGAGCAGAAGAUAAACAUGGAUACCUAUGGGACCGGCACUACGGCGCAUGUCUAGCUAAGUUUCCCCAUCGAGACGUCGUUAACUCCGUAGCUUUCAACCCGAAAGAUUCCGAAAUGUUGGUGACAACUUCUGACGACCACACGAUCAGAAUAUGGCGGUCCAGAGAAAAAGUGAACAGCCUUAAACUGAACGAAGCUGCGUUCCUAAAAGGAAUUGAAAUGAGGAAAGGUAAAGUGGCGAAGAAUAGUCGGAAGAGAUUGAAUAUUUCUCCGGAUAGUUAGUUCAAUGACGAAAGGGGCGAGUUUGUAUGAGUUUUGUUCUAGGUUUUGUAUGGUAUUCCGUCAAAUAUUCGAUACAUUUUAGUCGAUCUAUAUCGGUUUACGUUUGAAGUUUCGAUGGUAUAAGCAAAAAUUCUCGGACUGGAGCCAAAAACUUUUUUUAAUGUUUGGUUUCAAAUAUAUAAGCAGCACUAAUGAUAAUGAUACUUAAAAAAGUUAUAUUGACCAAGAUCUGGUGAAUAUGUUGGCUCAUGCAGUACAGGAAAGCGUUUUAAAAGUGAAAGUUUAUCUACAGACAAGGCAGUAUGAAAUAGAGUUGUUUUACACAUUUUUAUCAAAAAUGCUCUUGAAUCUAACAAGGAUUCAAGGUCUCGUUUUGUUUUUCUUUUUUAUGGCUGUAUAUUAAAAUCCUCUUCUUCCAUAGCUUUUCCCCCUUCAGGUGUCGCUGUUCUUUACUCUUCUUCGCCACUCAUUUCUGUUCAUCGUGUCUUCACCAAUUACCAUUCUUAAAUCUUUUCCAACUCAUGUUGGUUUUCUGCUUAGAAUUUUAAAUUCUUCACUCUUUCUCUCUGUUUGCCUCUAUAUUUAUUGCUCUCUUUUUGUGUCUAUGCAGAUAAAGAAAUUAAUCAAUGUGUAUGAUUAACCUAUUUACAAAUUAUUGUCCAAAAGUUAUUUUUUAUUUUGUAUCAUUACGUAGGUAAGAGCAUUGGACACGCUAAAGAUAAUUGGCAAAAAUGUAGAUUGACACCGAAUUUUUAUUCUCUUUGAUUAUUAAGAACUUUGAAGAUAUUGAACACGGAUUUACACAAACAAAUUUAAAACUGAUGUAAGGAAUCUUGAAGUUUCGAUAGUAUUGGCAAAAAUUUUCGGACUGAAGCCAAAAACGUUUUUUUAUACCGGGUGGUGAAUUGGAACACGGGCCAUAGGAAACUCAAUGUAAAAUUCUAAACUGUUGAAUUCCUGCUUCCCUAAUUAUUUUACAUCAAAACUCAUAAGAAACUAUUUGUAGAGAAUUGAAAUCUGUAUUGAAAACAACUGUUAAUAUUGUUCUACGAACAAUAAUUAUUCAAAAUUUUGUAAAAAUAUAAUACAAUUUUCAGAGAAAUACGCCAAAGUUACGCCACACACAGUGCAAUAAUGUGUAUAAGAUUGCAUUCGGUGACAAUGAAUAUAUUAUAUUAACAAUUUGAACUGUCAAUUUCUUUAUUUAAUCAUUUAUUGUUUAAAACACAAUAAAGUUGAUCAGAUACCCUCAGUUAGGGAGAAAGUAUUAAUAAUACAGAUAUUUUCUUCAGUCGAUAGUGUGCUCACUGUCAGUUAAAUAGUAACGUGUGGCCUAACAUGCCCACACAUACCUACUGCGGUAAAUACAUUAUAUUUUUCAAAAUUUUGGAAUUUGUUUAAAUCGUAGAACAAUUGUAACUUCUGUUUUUAAUACAGAUUUCAAUCCUCUACAAAUAACUUCUCAUGACUUUUGAUGUAACAUAAUUAGGGAAGCAGGAAUUCAACAGUUUAAAAUUUUACAUUGAGUUUCCUAUGGCCCGUUUUCCGAUUCACCACCCUGUAUAUAUUUAGCUUCAAAUAUAUUAUGAGCUGCAGUGAUACUUAAAAAAUUAUCCUGACCAAGAUCUGGUGAUUAUGUUGGCUCAUGUAGCUCAUGUGGUGAGAAACAGAGCAAUCCAAAUAGGGAAUCGUUGUUUCCAAUAAGUACGAGAAUGUCUCAGGCGUCAUUCUCAUAUGCAAAUGAAAUCGUUCCGCGUCAAUUUUCAGUUCGAGGAAAAGAUGAUGAUAUUCCCCUAAAGGGCUUCUUUUCAAAAUUGGAAGCGUCUGAAAACCGUCUGUUGGAUAUAUUACCUAUCAGCCACCACUUGGUGACAGCUGACAUUUCAUCACUAUCAUCCCUUGGAUCACAAAACGUCACAAAAGCAUAAUCUUUUUGUGAUUAAAAUUUCAUCAAACUACUUCACUUGACAGUGCUCCUAGCUCGACUGAGCAGCGCACGUAACCUCCUUGUAGCCCGGGACGUAGUGUCAAAUUUAACCGGAGCAUUUUAGCAUGGCUGUUUUCUUUUUAUUUGGUUAGGUAUUCCAAAGCUUAUUAACAAAUGAUGUGUCAGCUGGCCCAAAACCGGGGAUUUUAGUCAAGAAUAGAUAAAAUAUGAUAGUAGAUGGAAAAACCCUACAACUUAUGUCAAAUAUUUAUCUCCGUGACUUACGUGUAUAAUAGCCAAGAAUACCUAGCUACUGGCUUUCACCCAGACGAGUCGGGUUCAAUUCCUGGCUCUGAAAAUCUUCUUUGUUUUUAAAAUUGACAUUUUUAUUUGAAAAAUAAUUAUUUUUUGAUAAUACCAUGUUUUUAUUAUUUACACGACACAAUAUAAAAAAGUCUGUAUGUCUUUUAUAGAAUCAUAAACUUUGCAUUUGAUCAUAUUUAUUCAGCUGACGCUUUUUUCUUACAAUGUAAAAUUCAUAAAUUAAUGAUUUAUACUUUUUAAUCUUUGCCAAACUACAUAGUUCAAGAAUAUUUUUUUAUUAUUAACUAGCUGACCCGGCAAAUUUCGUACCGCCUUAGAACUAAAAAAUAAUGUUUAAAAGUUAAAUACCAAAACGCAAAAAAAAAAUGCUGAAAAAUAUUGCGUAGACUUUGUUUCUAAUAAACAAUAUUGUUGUUGUGGUGUCUGCGUAAAUAAUGAUUACUUAGAUUGGUCGUAUCAACUCAGAAACCUUCCCGGGUUCAUGUACAACAACUUUGCUUGAGGUCAUCAUAUGAUCAAAUGCAUAGUUUACGAUUCGAUAAGGGGCAUACAGACAAACAUUCAUUUUUAUAUACAGUGAUGAGCGUGCUAAUAACCGGCAAAAUAGCGCAAAAGAUGGGAAACGUAUUAAGUUGUGAGAUAGAAAGAAAUGAAACUAGUGGAGCUGGGACAUUCAGCGAUAUUAACAUAUAAAUUCACAUUAUAUUUAUUGUUUCUCACCUUUACAUGUAUCAGAGGAGUCUGUCAACUAAAACUGUCACUGUGACAGUGGCAGUUGCUAAACUCGUCCGAUACGUCUAAAGGUGGGAAGCAAUCAAUAUAAUGUAAAUUUUUAGGUUAAUAUCGCUAAAUAUCCCAGCUCGACUAGUUUUAUUUCUGUUUAUCUCACCAACUUAAUAGGUUUUCCAUCUUUUGUGCUAUUUUGCCGGUUAUUAGCGCGCUCAUCACUGUAUUAUAGAGAACAAGGAAAUAUUUAGAUUAAUAAGGGGUUGGUGAUAGAAAAGUGAAGAACGUCGGGGGGGGGGGCAACCCCCUUUUCACUUAGAUUGGUCGUACUAACAACUUUGUUUAUUAAGGGUUUCAAUCAUAAUAAUAUCAUAUUAUGAUCAAAUGCAUAGUUUAUGAUUCUAUAAAAGACAUACAGACUUUUUUAUAUUGUGUCGUAUAAACAAUAAGAACGUGGUAUUAUCAAAAAAUAAUUAUUUUUCAAAUCAAAAUGUCAAUUUUAAAAUCAAAAAAGAUUUUCAGGGCCAGGAAUUGAACCCGAGUCGUCUGGGUGAAAGCCAGUAGCUAGGUAUUCUUGGCUAUUAUACACGUAAGUCACGGAGAUAAAUGUUUGACAUAUAUAAGUUUUAGCGUUUUUCCAUCAAGUUUCACAUUUUACCUUUUCUUUUUAAAAUCCCCGGUUUUGAGCCAGCUGACACAUAAUUUGUUAAUAAGCUUUGGAACACGUAACUAAAUAAAAAGAAAACAGCCAGGCUAAAAUGAGCCGGUUAAAUUUAACACUACCUCCCGGGCUAUUGCUAUGUGCUGUCAACAUCGACCGCGAUGUCAUGGAUAUGCCUCAGAUUCACAGUUUACUUUAAUCGAUAUCGACACUCACUUUAUCUUUCCUCGAUAGAGGUCACUAAAGGCAUAUGUUGGUAGAAUAUUUAAAUAUAUUUACCAUCCAGUCGGUGCGUUUUAAUUUAAUUCAGUCUUCUUGCAAAGCCUCUUUGAUAGCAGGUAAACCUAGAAACACGUGUCAGAGGAUGGCAAGAGACUCGGAUUAUAGGGGAGUGCAAUUAGAACGAAAACAUGCAUUGUUUCGAAAAAAUGCAAACAAUCUUAUAUUUUUCUAAAACUUUUUUUGUUAGUUUAUAUACAUGUUAAAGUAAAAAGUUCUACUCGCAGAUUUGGCCGCUAAUUGUUUAAACAAUAACAAUUUUAAAAAUAUUGUUAAAUUCACCAUUAUACUUUGAUCAAAUAUGUUUCUAUUUUGUUUUUGAUUGUGCUGAAUCCGAAUAUGGCAUUGCAAUUUGAAAAUUCUUAUACAGAAGCUCUUAUACAGUGUGUCUGCGUAGCUAGGAACCACAUGGAAAACUUUUCAACGAAAACUUUUCGUUUAUAAAUUUGCAAAAGUCUGUGUGUUAUUGCGUUGCCGCUCCUGCAAUACUUAGAGCAGAUGUGUCGAUGGAUUCUUAUGUAGCUUUGUCUUCUGAAUCCAAAUCUGAAAACGGCAUUUUGAUAUCUCUAACCGUCUUCGAGAUAAUUGACCUCAAAGUCUAAAAUGUGACGUCACAAUCCGGUUAUCUCCUACCAGGCACUAAACGUCAGCUGAAAUCUGUGAUUAGGAAGUAGGCUACUUUUUUAAUCUGAAUUUGUUAGGAAAAGCAAAUGUUAUUAUUUACAUUUGAGUUUGACACUUCGUGAAUGUCAAACAAAAUUUUAAAUUAUUUAGCUAUUAAUAAAAUAUAAAUGAUAUUUUAUACUGAAUUUAAUUAUGAUAUAAAAUAAUAUGUGUAAUGAAUAUAUAAAAAUACAAUUUGAGUAUAUUUUAAAAGCAAUAAUACAUAAUAUUAUACUAAGUAUAUUAAUAAUGAAUCAGUAGAAACGAUCUUAGACAAGGAAAAAAGAGAGGACGGGUAAUACUCAUUUAACACACGUUCCAAACGUGAAGCCAGUUUUUGGUUUGUUUGUCACCAAAAACAUGGCGGUCACGUCAAAAGUAACAAUGGGUUGCCAGUGGUGGGUGUUCGUUGAAGGUUAAAAUUUCAUAAAAAAUAAAGUAAAUCACCAUCUAAAAUCCGUAAUAAAAACAUAUGUAUGUAUUGAAACAUAUGUACGUAAUAUGAUCAACUUAAUAAAACAUUUACCGUACACAAAUUCUUCAUUUUAAAUACAUUUCAUGUUUUUAUUUUAAAUACUCAAUGCAUAACAAUACUUGGCUUCACUUUUGGUCAUAGGAUUACUCGUCCUCUCUCUUUCCUUGUCUAAGGAAACGAUUAUAGACCACACAACCCGAAACACAAGUACGCAAAUACGGUUGCGUGAAGCGUGGCGCAAAGCCGUGGAAUUUACGAGACUCGCUCGGUCUGUAUAUCCAAGUAAAGUUCAUCAGUAAAAAGUGUCUUUAUCAUGUAUGUAUUAUUUAUUUUACAAUAUUGGAAAAUUGUUAUUUCAAAUGUGGUUUGGAAUAAAAAAGUAUGUUCUGAUAUAUGAAAUUACAUCCUUCUAAUGGAAAAAAUAUUUGACGAAUUUUCUCAAAUUAUGGAUACCAACAUCAUUUUCAGUUAUAACUCUUGUAUUUUUAAUUUGACGAAGAAAAGUUAUUAUUCAUAAAAAUCUCUUCUUGGUCUAAGAUUUAUGAUGCAACAAUCAUGAAUCAAAUUUUAUUAAUUUUAUACGAGGUAUGUAAAAAAAUAUGAAUUUCGAGUAAAGUAUCUUUAUAGUUCACAACAUUAAAUUAGAACGAUAUAUUUGCACAUUAAAACAUAAUUUUUAAUUCUGAACAGCUUUUCGGAAUAGCAAUUUUCUAUAUUAUGAAUUUAAAUACGUAUAUAAACAAAGUUUUCGUUAUGAUAAUGCUCGCAUUUUCAGCUUGUUUAUUAUCAAUUUUACGAAAAAAAGUUAUUCUUAAUGAAAUGCUCUGAAUAGUCAAAAAUCUAAAACUCAACCAUCAGAUAUCAAAUUUUAUCAAUUUUACACGAGUUAUGUCAAAAAUAUGAAUUUCGUUAAAGAGUAAAGUACCGUUAUAUUCCAGCAUAUCAAAAAAUGCUAUUAUGAAAAGUUGUUUGAAAUUAGAAACUAUGUCUAAAUAUACAAUUACAUCAUUCUAAUAAAAAAAAAUUUAAAUUUUUUCUCAAAUUACGGAUACUCAUCAUCAUUUUAUUACAAUUAUGAUUAUGAUAACUAUUUUAUUAUCACUUUUACGAAAAAAAGUUAUUUUUCAUAAAAUGCUCUCCCUGGUCUAAAAUCUAAGAUACAACCAUCAGACAUCAAACUUUUUUACUUUUAUACGAGGUAUGUAAAAAAUAUGAAUUUUUCUUAAGAAUUAAGUGCCUUUAUUAUUCACAAUAUUUUAAUUAGAAGGAUGUAAUUGAACACUAAAACAAAUUUUUUAAUUCCAAACAACUUUUCUUAAUAACAAUUUUCGAUAUUGUGAAAUGUAAUGGUACUUUACUCUUUAGUGAAAUUCAUAUUUUUUGACAUACCUCGUAUAACAUUAAUUAAAUUUGAUAUUUGAUGAUUCCAUCUUAGAUUAUAUACGAUGCAGAGUAUUUUAUAAAGAAUAACUUUUUUUCGUAAAACUGAUAAUAAAAAAGUUAUCAAUAGGUUCCAAGUUACGCAGACAUACUGUAUAAGAGCUAAAAAAAUUAUUUUUGCUGAACAUUUAUUAUUGGUGAAGCUUAUUAUUAAAUAUAUUUUAGGUAAGUUUUACAGAAAAAAGUUUUGCUCACAUUGUACAAACAUUUUUUUAGCUGGUAAUUUUCGGUUUUUGUAUUACAUUUUUUUUAACUUUCUUAAUUUUCUUAAAAAGAAAUAGUUUAUUUCAUUUCUAAAGUAAAAUAUUUAGUGCAUUUUAGAGAUUACAUCCUAAGCUUUAAAAAAGCACUUAUAAAACUGUAAUAGAUCUGUUCAAACUUGAGUAAUACCGUCUUAAAGUGGUGGCAAUUCUAUAAAACUACAAAGAUUUAAAAAAUUACAUUUUUUGAGACGUCAUAUCAUUUGAAUUAAAUUUUUGAGAUUUUUUUUUAAUGAGACAUCAUUUAGCAAGAUGCUUGAAAGGUAAGUUGUGCAAAACUGAGAGUUUUAUAAGAAAAACUGUAUUUGCAUUUUUAAAUCAUUUUUAAACAAAAUUCAUGUAAGGCUCACUUUCCGCCCACACCGUAGUUAUGCCCAUACAUUUUAUUUCUUUCUAUUAUAACCAUAAGAUAGCUUAAUUAUUCUUCUUUCACUUUCAAUUUGUAAAAUUUCAUUUGAUCCAUUAGUUAAAGAAUUACAUUAAAAUAACUCAACCUCCCAAGUAGCAAUUUUUCGACGCAUUGGUUGUCAGUACAAACAAAUGCACUGUCUACAACGUUGCCCGAGAGCAUUUUAAGUUGUUUCGGCCAACGUCCCCUACCCCGACUGACAUUACGAUGUUACAACCUGUAGUUAUACGGGCAACUAAUUUAUUACCAUUUUGACAACUACAUAUCACACUUCAGUUUUUUCAACAAUCGUAACGACUUAAAAAUGUUAUAAUGCUAAACUAAUUAUUAUAUAUUUUAUUUUGAUGGAAAUUUUCGAUUUAUUUAACAACCUGUUUAUUUGUUUUUUUAAUAGCUGGUUUCCAUUCCAUUGUUUUAUCAGUAGAUUUGAGAUUUGAUAACCAUCUUUGUAUAUGCUUUGGUAGACAGGGUUGCCAGGUCAGUUUUAACUCUUUCAGUAGUUUUGUUUUCACAAAAUCAGUAGAUUCUUUUUAGGCCAUGUAAAUAUACAGUAAUACAGUGAUAUGCACAUCCGUCCUAAAUGUCCCAAGAGCAAUUCCACAAAAUUGGAAACCUAAUUAUUCCAAACCACCAACUGGUAAUUAUCAUUUUUUAGCUAUAAAAUCUACUAAAUCAAAAACUAAAAUAUACUUAAGUAUUUUUGGGAUAUAUUUGGGAUUUUUUAUAAUAAAAACAACAGCUAACUUAAGGGGAUAGGCGCAAAAUGUCGUCUGUUAAAAUGCUCAAUGUAUUUUAAAUGUUUUCGUUUUUUGCGAAUCCUUAAGGCCGCGUCCCACCAUCAAACUGAAAGUGACAGUUAGUGACGUCACAUCCUGAGUGUUCAUUGUGGAUAAUAAUGAAAAAUUUUAAUUUUAAAUAAAGUACAAACAAGUUAGACAACUCAAUACAAAAAAUUUGAUCAAACUAGACUGAUAAUGAGAGCACAGAUUUUUAGCAUUUCAAGAAACUGCAAUUGUGACGUCACUUUGACGUACUUCCGGAGUUUGCUCAAACUGUUUGAUUAAAUUAUUUGAUGGUGGGACGCGGCCUUUAGAAAAGUAAUAAGUAUUUUUGAAAAAUUUAAACGCACAAAGAAAGAUUACGGUAUUACCGAGGACCGAAAGUCCCUGAAAACUUCUAUAAUGUUUAUUUUAAUACGUUACAGGGGUGAAAAAAAGAAAAAAUUUAGUGACUUUUAAUUCCAAAUAUCUCGUUCAAAAGAAACGUUUUGGUUUUUCUAAAUAAUGCAGUCUUUCAUUUUGCGUUUAAAUUUUUCAAAAAGACUCAUUAUAGUUUCCUCAUGAUUCGAAAAAAAUGGAUCAAAUUCUGUUGAAAUAUACCAAAAAUCUACUAAAAAAUAUUGCCUACUAAAAUUUUUUAAAAAAUAUCAAAAAUCUACCAAAAAAGUAGAAAUCUACUAAAUGUGGCAACGCUGUUAAUGAGAAUGAUACACUUUUGACACUGGUCACAUGACCUCUGUCACCCAAUAAGAGGGUGCGUUCUAAAAUGGUUUUGAUAGUCGGCGCGGCCGGGUUUGGUUGGCGAUUGGACUUCUAAGUUGUCUUAUCCGUCUAAGGUUGGUAAUUAGGUAUUUUUUUAGUAAUAUUGGUAAUAUUGUUUAAUGCGCCAUUUUGGUUUUACUUGAGAUUUUUGGGAUGUAAAGAAAAUGAAAACACAGAAUAUAAAAAAUGCAGGCAUUUUCUGAUAACUUUAAAAGCACCAUCAAUACAUUAAAUUUAUACAGAACAUCUUUAAUAUAAAUUUUGACUUUUAUAUUAAAAUUUGAUUUUUUAACUUUUCAUAUUUUUUGUCAAAAAUGUCAUAAAAAAAGCAGCGCGUGUGUUUUUUAAAGGUGAAAUAUCUAUAUUUGACGGUAAUCUGAGAUGCGUUUAUAAAUAUCACAUCAGGUAAUAAGUCCUUUAUGUAUUUAUAUCAUAUAAAUUUAAAUACCCAAUACGAUGUCAAAACAGUUUACUUUUUGGGUUUUGCAUUCACCAUACAGGUGUUAAAAAUAUAGGUAAAAAAACAUAACUAGUCUGACUCCUUGAGCAACCAUUGCACGCGCAGGUGCUUUUUAUAGUCGCUUCAGUUGUCUUAUGCAACGGUUACGAAACGAUGUUGUUUAAACAGGAGGUUGCCUAGGCAACGUCAAGACAACUCAAAAAUCGUCCACCAAAUCAGUGCAGAAUAGGGUCGUCUUUUAGGCAAUAACAAUGUUGUAAGAAAAUGUUGCCACGCAGUAGACAACGUUGUCGUGUCGACAAAUUGCUACUUGGGCAUGCACUUCGCCGUACGUUAGUUUACAGUGCGCCAAUGUUUAUGAGAAGGGUGACUUUAGCGUUAUAAUUAAGAAAUUAUAGAAGAUACAAAUUUAAUUUUAGAAAAUUCUUUAUAUAAGGUAUUUUUGGAAAAUUUUCUGAAUUUUUCAAUGGUCAAAUCAGUUUUUUUUUUAAAUUUAUAUUUUCGGAAUUAUUUAAAAAAACAUCUAAUUUCGUAGUUCAUUUGUUUAAUAAAAAAUGAAGCACCCACUUCUCGAGUAGAACUUUUUGAUAUGUUGUUUAUUAAACAAUUCUUAAUGAAAUUACAAAAAGUUCUAUCUUGUUUAAUUUUUUCCGAAGUGAAAAUCUAUAUGCACUCCCCUAUUAGAUCAAAACGAAACCGUCUAUUUUUAUUUGAUCCUAUCUUAUUUAAAAGUAAUUUUUUGUAUAUUAAUUUUAUUUAUUUAGUACUAUCGAAUAUACGACAGAAAACUCAUAAUUGAAUCUUAAUAUAUACAUUUACGAUUAUUAUAUUUAUUUUAAUUAAGAUAUUUAUCAAUUUAUUGUAUGUGACCAUUGCUGUGCAAUUAUUUUGGGUCUUUACACCGAAAUAUUUUUUGUAAAUGUUUGAUAUUUAUUAAGAAUACAUUAUAUAAAUUGUUGACAAUAUAAA